GCGCAGGCUAAUUAGCAUGAGGCUUUCACAUUGGAAACCAUUACAACAAGUGCAAACAGAGCAAUCCGAGUAGAGAACGAACACAAAAGAAAUAAUUGUCUGCGUUUAGCUGGGAACAUGGAAGAGGAUGUCUAUACAUCGUUUGGUUCCUACAACGAUAGCGGAGGCGGCGAAAGUGACAGUGAUUUAGAUUGGAGCAGUCUGGAAUCGAGCGUGGAGCAGCUGCAGAAUCUACUGGUGUGGCAGGAGGCGAAGCAAGAGAAGAGGCAGCCAUUUGGCAAUUUCAGUGAUUAUCAGCUAAGCAAGUGGAAUGCAACCGAUGUCAACAUCAGCAUUGUCAGCACAUUGCCAGCCUUAACGACGGAGGAGCCUCCCUUCGACGCCAACAACUAUUGGGCACUACUGGCUCUUGUCCUGGUCUUGGGCACGGCAGCUGGUAAUAUUCUUGUCUGCCUGGCGAUUGCCUGGGAGCGUCGCUUACAAAAUGUAACAAACUAUUUUCUAAUGUCGCUGGCCAUCACGGAUCUCAUGGUGGCUGUUCUUGUCAUGCCUCUGGGCAUUCUUACGCUGGUGAAAGGCUAUUUUCCUUUGGGCUCGGAGCAUUGUUUGACCUGGAUAUGUCUGGAUGUAUUGUUCUGUACGGCAAGCAUAAUGCAUUUAUGUACCAUCUCUGUGGACCGAUAUUUGUCGCUGCGUUAUCCAAUGCGAUUUGGACGAAAUAAAACAAGACGACGGGUUACCCUAAAGAUUGUAUUUGUCUGGCUGCUCAGCAUUGCCAUGAGCCUGCCACUGAGUCUAAUGUAUUCAAAGAAUCAUGCCUCGGUGCUUGUGAAUGGAACAUGCCAGAUACCCGAUCCGGUUUACAAGCUGGUCGGCUCCAUUGUGUGCUUUUACAUUCCGCUGGGCGUGAUGCUACUCACCUAUUGUCUUACCGUACGAUUGUUGGCCAGGCAGCGUCAAAAUUUGGGCGGUGGCCAACAGACGGCUGCCGGGACACCGGGUUGGGCCAGCGGAUGGCUUGGACAAGGUCCUGCCUUGGAGCGACGCUGCACCUGGCGCCGUCUACUGAAACCAGGCCAAAGUCACGCCUCAUCAGUGCUGCAUGCCCACUCGGCAAAUUCAACGGAUACGGAUCUAAGCACAUUGGACAAUCACGAACUCUGGCUACCUGACUCAAGCAUUAAGGAGCCCACGCCCACUACUAUGACGGCACUACAUCAAUUUGGUGCUGAAAUGUUAAAGCUAUCACGAGGUCUAGAGUCGGUGGCUUCCUCAUCCACCACUGGCUCGCCCACUAAAUCCGAAUUUUCCAUAUCAAAUCAUUUGCAAUUCCCCUGCAGUCCACAACGCUAUGCUUGCCAUCAGCAGCAGCAGCAGCAGCAUUUGCCAGGAGGUGUCUAUCAUCAGCAGAUCUCGCCUAAAAGUAGACAGGGCCAGACAACUCUGGGACUUUCGACCACAACGCUGGGAAUAGAGCGCGAGAGCACACGGAAUUCACUGGCCAGCAGUCGCUUGGGCGGCGAACAGAGCGAUGGAACCCUUUCGCAGUUGUCACAACGUCUGCGAGCCUACAAGAAACGUAGACGUGCCUCGUCAGCCGUAUCUGGACGUGAAAAACGAGCGGGCAAUGAUGAGGCUGACGAAGAACAAGAUACACCCACAUCCUCACUUAGACGGCACAAGCGUCACAAUAGUUUGCCCAAAAAUGCUCUCUACACGCGUCACACAACACUCCCAGAGAGCCUGGACAAUGAUGAAGAGGAUGACGAGGAGCCCACGACUACACAUAAUGAGCAACUAUCGAAAUCGACAUCGAUUAGCAAGGCUUGUCACUCGGACACGGAGCUGGAGCAACAACAGUCUAAACAGUGUCAGGUUAGCGGAGGUCAAACACAUCCGCAAUCCGACUAUUUGCAAUUGCCAUCGGUGUGCACAUGUCCGUAUUUUGGAGAUCGGCCGUUGCAGAAUUGCGUAAAGACGGCAGAGGUUAAGAUAAUAUCGACAGCCUUUAAGGUGACAACAACAACAACAACUGUUGUCAGCAGUUCACCAAGUGAAAUGGAGCUGCUCCUGUGCAGCAGUGGUAAUAAAAAGGCUCUGACAUCUAGUGUAAGUGCAUGUGGUUCAGGAGGCACUGGGUCUGGUGGUGCCGGUGGAAACCAACCCAUGGGCGGGUCAACCCUCAGUCCGCAUUCUGCUCAUCAUCAAGGCGUUAGUGGCAGUUCGCUAACGGUGCAAAGCGAUAGCAGUGGCUUUCUAGCUGCUCCAGGAACACCUUGCCCUGGAAGGCGUAAGCUCAGCAUAUCCAAGACUGCCUCAGUAGUCACAUGGGACGCGAGCCGUCAUCGACGGCGAGGAAGUAGCUUUGGUGGUGUUCGCACCUCGUUACUUCUUACGCCCACAAAAACGGCAACCACUUCUACAUCGUCCACCCCACUAAGGCGCUCAGCCACGCUAAGAAGUCAUCAGAACAUGAACUACCACAGUGGAAGCGGGACAGGCGGUGGUGGAGAUGGUAACGGGAGCAAGAACAGAGGCGCCUCGUCAUCACCUUGCAUGUUACAGCGACAGCAGACAGUACGUUCCCAUCACUCGAGAAAUUCCAGUGUGAUUUCAAGGAAUUCAUCACGCCAUGGACGAAUCAUACGACUUGAGCAAAAGGCCACCAAGGUACUUGGUGUGGUUUUCUUCACAUUCGUCAUACUAUGGUCUCCGUUUUUCGUGCUCAACCUGUUGCCCACUGUCUGUGGGGAGUGUGAGGAACGCAUUAGCCACUGGGUGUUCGAUGUGGUAACCUGGUUAGGUUAUGCCAGCUCAAUGGUCAAUCCCAUAUUCUACACCAUUUUCAAUAAGGUCUUUAGGCAGGCAUUCAAGAAGGUUCUGCUCUGCCGUUACUCCACCACAAGCGCCUGGCGGCCAAGCAGAUAGCAAACACCCGUCAAACCGGGCAAACUGAAGGCAAAGCCUCAAAAAUGUGCCAGUGUAGAUUUUCAGGAUGCCAGAACACAACCCGGAACGGAAAUGGUUGCUGGUACAAGAACCACAACAACAACAACAGGUCAUCGUGGUGUUCUCAAAAGAGGCGGGGCAGUGGGCAACAUAAAAUGAGACAAAUCGGUAUCGGAGAACCCCUUGACCUGCGGUUCACCGCAUAACGUGUCGUAUGCGCAAUCUGUUGAUACUCGUCCCAAUCAUGCCCACACAUAUCUGUGAAGAUUUCUGGGGUUCUAUAAAUGUGUUUGGCCCAGAGGCUUAAGUGCUUAUGUGUCUCUAAUUAAUUUCAAAAUUCAAUUUGCAUGCCAUUGAGAACACUCUGGUGGCUCUGGUCAAGUGCUGGAAUAGUUUAAUCUCCCUUCACCCACAAUAUGCCCGGCACUUUUCAUGGCAUACCAAGACAACAUAGCCCACAACACGCACGAGUUUGUGCUUCGACUGUGGAAGAAUGUUUUGAAUCUUUAAAUGGAAGUACAGUAAACUUACUAGUAAAGAAAAUUAAGUAUAUAAGAUUAGAUUAUCUAAAAUAUUAUGUUAGUGCCAGAUGAUUAGUUAAAUAUUAAAUGCUAAUAUAAGAGAAAACCGACUCCGUU